GGGCAUGCCGAGAAGAAAUCUGAUAAUAAAAGAUGGAACAGUAAAGUGAAAUAGUCUUUGGCAUGCCUUCAUCAUCAGGGGACGUACCAGAUAAAUCCUUUGUCACAGCAAAUGCAAUUAAUGUUUCAUGUCCUUGUCAUCGAGUUUCAGAGCUGUUUAGAGCUUUUGAUAUAUUUUUCAAGAAGUGAAAAGGGACUACCAUUGUUUGAAUAUUAAUUGUGACCCAGUCCGUGCAUUGAAGAAUGAUUUCAGAAUAAUACAAUUUAAAUGGGUGAUUUUUCAUAAUAACAGUAUACUUCUUGGGAAGUAUUAAUGUUCUUUGAUUCCCUUUCAUGGUAAGAAUGUGAUCACCUCAAACCAAUUCAAAAACAUGCAAAAUGCUAAUGGCUGUUUUUAGGGUCUGGACUUUUUGGAUUUACAGUAAGUACAGCUGUCAAGUGGAGUCAAAAUUCUUUGUUUAUACUGUCACUUUAGCAGUUAGGAGUGUGUUGAAUUGUGUUCCACCUAAAAAGUAAUUGAAGACGCUCUGCAGCUUCUGGAAAAUGAAUGCCAAAUCUUUGACUUCUGCUUGACCUCAAUUGCCUACAGAAAUGAAAAAUAAUAUGGGAGAAAUUAAAACAUACAAUGGAUUGCUGGACUGUUAAAGGAUUGAGCUCUUCUAGGUCUAUAGUAAGUGCAACUGUUCAUUGAACUCUACAGAUGUGCAAAGGAAGGAGACUUCUUUGAGAGAGGAACAGAUCAGAUUGGUGAUAGCAGAAGAAACAUUGACACAAGUCAAAAAUUCUUGCUGAGACUGAGGGAGCCAGAUCCCUUGUGUGUAAUGUGAAUGCUGUGAGUGACACUACAGAGAGAUCAGGGUUCAUCUAGAGUCAGGAUAAGCUUUGGUGUGAGAUUAAAGAUUGGGCACGCAGCUAAUGCUCUCAGUGUAAUCACAAGCUGAGCAAAGAUCAGCAUGGCCAAAUCCUGGCAACAGUGAACUAAAUGGAAUUGCGGAGCAGGCAUUGCCCUAGUGUAGUGGACCAAGUGAGCCUGAUUUAUUGACUAAUGUUACAUACUAUACUGUACCUAUUGUAGAUGUUCCAAAGCUGUCAAAUAUCUGACGGUAAACAGGUUGAUUACAAAAAUGUGACCACAUGGAGUAUGUAUUUUUAUUUAGCUACUUUUAUGGUUGAUGAAUGUGAGGUAAACAGAGAGCAAGAGUAGGAUUCCGUUUGUAAAAAUCCCUUUCUUUUUCUUCAUAGAAAAAUGUAUUUCUCUAUUUCAAGAUAGACAAACAAGGAGCUUUGAGGUUGUUAAGCAACAAGUCAAUUUCAACUUGAUUUAAAAAAAAAAAUAAAAAAAUCAUAUUCAUUAGCUGAAUGUCUGGUUAAGAACUACAUUACCCACAAUCCGGAAGAGAUAUCUACCAAUCACAGAAGUGCAGCAAAAGAACUCAGUAGUGACCUCCCAAUCCAUGAAGCAUUGUGAAUGAGAUAAUCAAGUCGAACAGUCUCGUUCAUUUGCCUUUGGCUUUUAUUUGUUUGUUGAAUUCAUGUAUUAAUUUACUUAAUUUGCUGAAGAGCAUGUAAAAAUUAAUCUAAUGUACUAACUUUAUGCUCUUUCCAACGCUCUCUGUGGAAGGCUCUCUCAGCUAAAGGGAUUUAUCUUGUUUCCCAUUGCUGAAACAUCUGCCACAUGCACCUAUCAGGAUCAGACCCAGCCCUACUUACAAUAAAACACAGCAUUAGUGAUUCAAAUCCCGCCCAUGGCAUCACAGAUUACCCACAGAUACAUCUGUAUUAUGCAGUGUAGCACUGCUCACUAGACAUCAAGCAAGAGUGUCAGAGGAGACACUCUUAAAGGAAUAGUUCUCCCAAAAAUGAAAAUUUUCUCAUCAUUUACUCACCUUCAUGCCAUCCCAGACAUUCUUUCUUCUGCAGAACACAAACGAAGAUUUUUUAAAGAAUAUCUCAGCUGUGGACCUCACAAUGCAUGUGAAUGGUGACUAGAACUCAUUAGGUCCAAAAAGCACAUAAAGACAGCGUGAAUCCAUAUCUUCUGAAGCAAAAUGAUAGGUGUGGGUGAGAAACAGAUCAAUAUUUAAAUCUUUUUUUUACUAUGAAUCUCCACCUUUGACCAGCCCUAACCAGUAGGUGGCUGAAUGUUAAAAUCACUUCCACACCACAAUGUGGAAGUGAAAGUGUAGAUUUACUGUAAAAAAUGAUUUAAAUGUUGAUCUGUUUCUCACCCUCACCUAUCAUGUCACUUCUGAAGAUAUUGAUUAAAUCACUGGUGUCUUAUGGAUUACUUGAAUGCAGCCUUUAUGUGCUUUAUAGACCUUCUGAGUUCUGGUCACAUUUCACUUGCAUUGUGAGGAUCAACAGAGCUAAAAUAUUCUUCUAAAAAUCUUUAUUUGUGUUCAGCAGAAGAAAGAAAGUCAUACACAUCUGAAAUAGCAUGAGGGUGAGUAUAUAAUGAGAGAAUUUUCAUUUUUGGGUGAACUAUCCCUUUAAGGUUUCAUUAUGCUUUUAUGAGUUACUUGGAAAAAGUGUUACUCAGGGCAAUUUUACAAUAGAGAAAAAUACCACCACGGUAAUUCACGUGAUCAUUAAGUUUUGUGAAAAGUGAUUUUCAAGAUUUGCGGAGUAAAUAAAAUAUAUCCUUAAACACUGUUUUGAAAAUAGAAUUUCUGUCAGUAUACUUUCUAUCAGUUGCUCAAAAAAGGAUUGAGCAGAAAGCAGACAGAAAUGGACAUUUUUGGUCAUGCUUGCCCUUUAAAGCUCUUCACAUUAACCCAGAUUCUAGAGAGAAAGAUGAAUCUAAUGCAGUUAGAAUCUAUAGUGAAUUAAGUUCUGCCCUGUGUGUAAUCCAUUUAGUGAGGCAGGAAGUCAAACGCUGGGACUUCUGAUGAAUUCAGAAAAAAAUGCCAUUUUUGAAAGACUGUUAUAUGGGUGAGUGAGUGAGUUGGUUGGUUGGUUUGUUUUGCAUGGAUUUCUGUGUGUAUGUGGGAAUAAGUGUGAAUGAGUGAAUGCCAGAGAUGUGGAUAACAUAUUAUAGGAAGUAAAAUGUAUUACUUAGAAUUCUGGAUUAUUGUUAAAUACUGAAAUUCUGUUGACUGUUCCAUUCUUGUAUACUUGUAUACUCUCUUCAACUCCGGCCAGGCCCAAGCUCUUCAGUACUGCUUCUUUGCUCAGAGAAUGGCAGGGAAAUGGAGUUUACCCAGUGGAGCACAAUGAAAUAACAGCAAACCCAGGGAGAUCCAGAGCGUAGCUGACAUAGUUACCAAAAGAGUGUGUCUUUAUAUACAUGAAAGAAAUCUGGAGAUAAUAUUUCAAAGAAAAACAAAGAAAUUCGACUUUUCCUUAAAAAUGUAUAUUUGAAUGUUUAUGCAUUGGCCCCAUACACUUCUAUAGCAAGUGCUUUACUGUAACCACUUUUUUUUUUUUCAUAAAUGAGAGAAGAGUAUUCUGUAUCCUGGAGGAUGGCAUAGCUGCUUGACCUGAGGAUAUUGAUGUCAUCUAUCUGUUCAGUUAUGGCUUUCCGAGGCACCGAGGUGGACCCAUGUUCUAUGCCAGGAUGAUUGGCCUGGAAAGAGUGCUGGAGAGGUUGGAGCAUUACCACCAAACCCAUCCUGAUGUGCCUUGUUUGGAGCUCAGUCCUCUGCUGAAAAAAAAAUUGUGGCUUGUGGCAGUCUUCCUAUCCAAAAAUGGAGAGAGCAUAUCAUGAAAAUCUACAGCCAUCUCUGAAAGCUCUGGUCUUACGCCCCAUUGGUGUUUCAUUCACCCUGCUGUCGAAAUGCAUUAGCAAAGUGCCCUUUUUAUCUUAAAAGAGGAUUCAUGGAGGAAAGAGAAAGUCCUAAGAUGCUUGCAGUUGCUCUUACAGGUUCUGUAGAAGUAAGACUUUAAACUUAAAAUUGUUGUUUUCUACAAAUUUUGUUGUUUGUUUCUCCCAUUUGUAACUAAGCUGUUAAUAAUUUACUACUUUUUAUCUGUUAUUCUCAUUUGCAUUGUAUAAACUGAAAAUUACUAUUUGUUUAUUUAGUUAAAUUACUUUUUUAUAUGGCUAUGCAUUCAGUUUGCAGAUAAACUUUUGUACUUAAUUUAGAUUCGACUAGCUAGGUGGGAUAUCUGGUAUGUGAGGUAAAGUGUGCAUGAUGGGAUUUGUGCUUUGAUGCAGGGGAUCAUGUAAUUGCUGUUGCUUCUAAGCUGCAACACAAAUACAUUUGAUGCUGCUCAAUUAAAUGCCACUAAACCUCUGUAUUUAUCCCUAUGUGUCCAAGGAAGCAGAAGAAAUCAAACCAUGCAGACCAAGUUAUUAUUUGGACCAUUUACACAGCUUUCUUUUAGCAUGUAUCCAUGUUGUACUUAGGUCCACAAAUCCUCAACAACAUGGAAAACACUCAUUGAACCGUAACUGCACCAGAGUGAAAAAUGACACGAAGAUUCCAAGAUCGUUGUGUAGCAAGGCUCAGCAAUACUUUUUUGUUCACUACAGUGGACAAGUUUUUGGCAGUUAUGUUUUGAGAGUGUUAACAUUCAUAUCAACCAAUGAAUGGCUUACUUAGGAUUUGCUCUGCAUAUUAAACUGUCAGUUACCGUGGGGUGCGGCCCAUGUAUCAUUCAAUAGUAUACUAGGCUAUCAGUUUUUGUUUUGUGGUAAUUUCUAUAUUAAUGUAUGAAAUAAUAAUGAUAUCGUAAUGCUUUUAUAUUAAUAUAAUGAAAAAAUAAUAAAAAAUGUUUUCCUUAAAAUAUUUAAUUACGCAGAAUAAUAGGCUAUAUAAAUGAGUGAAUCAAAAAUGGUACAAUAUUAAUAUAUAAAAUAUAAUAAUUAAUAUAAUCAUAUUUUCAAAAUCUUUGAUUAUGAACAUACAGUAUAUUCACAAAACAUUAUAAAUGCAAAAGCUUUUAUCGUGCUGGUCUCAGAGGUGGUGCCCUCUACUGCACGCGUGGUGUCACAGCAGAUGUGUACAGUGAAAUCUGGGAGUCUGGCAGUGGCUCUGUCAAUCCACGAGCAGCGCUCAGAUCCGCAGCAUCCUCUGCACGACGAGCGGACGCUAUGCUGGGCUGCUGAUGUAUCACUUAAGUUUUAAGUUACCUUGCUUUGUAGAUCUAAUUACAUAUAUAAACAGCGGAUUGUCCGGGACCUUUACAUGCAUGAUUUUUUCCAGAUACCGUAUUUUAAACUAAAUGUAUGUUGGACAUUUAUGGAAACCUAAGGAUUAUCCACACCGAGAAGCUCUUUGUCUGUUUCGAAUGGAACAUUUUCAGCGUUUACAUUUAGUGCGACUAAAAGACUCUGCUUUGUUUAAUGCAGAUGUUGUGUCAUGGUAGGAAAUCAACAACUGUCAGUGUUCAAACCUUGAAGAAGAGAGUGAGCGAUCAUGGCUUACACAGGGGCGCAGAAGGCUCUGAAGAGUGAUAAGUUAGAUGAAGCUCAAGCUCUGGCCAAAAGCUGUGCAGGCAGACCGGACUUUCUACCCUGUGAUGGACUGUCCAUCUGCGCCACACGCAGCCAUGGAAAGUGCUUCAAACUGCACUGGUGCUGCCAUUUGGGCUGGUGUCACUGUAAAUAUGUGUACCAGCCCAUGACCAAUGUUGGUCUGCUACCCAGCACACCUGUGCCAGCCGCUCCAUCUGACUGCACCAACACCAUUGAUCUGUCCAUCUCCCUGACAGAACGCUUCCUCCGGAUAUCGCCCUGUUUCCUACCUCCACCCUACCCCGAGUCCCCCAAAUACUGCAACAUUGCUGAACUGUUUAUUGAUGACUACAUUGUCAAACGCAUCAAUGGCAAGAUGUGCUAUGUUCAGCGGCCCCCAGUUCACAUGGAGGCCCCUCCCACUUCACCUCCAGCCUGUCUGAUUCCACAGAAGGAGCACACUGAAGAUAGGCAGACUGUUGAUAUUGUUAAAGGACCUAAAAGUGUGGAUACUGUUAAAGGACCUAAAAUGGUCCACUGCUCUUCGCCCUCCAGCUCAGAGGACUCAGGGAUCAACGCUUUGGGAGGACACUAUCUGGAGUCCUAUGAAGAAGAGUCUGAGGAAGAGGAUGUUCUUAGCACAGAUGGAAACUCGUGUCCAGAAAGUCUGUGGGACCAGGAUGAAUGCACCCUGCUGUCCCCCUCCAAAUCCACUGUUGAAAUUAUUGAAAACAUUGAAACUACUGUGUGACACAAUUCACAUUCAAGACUUUCUUUGAAUAUUUGCUCUCUCUCUGUUCUUUUCACAUCUCUCUCACUCUCAUUGUGUUUAUUAAAAUAUGUAGAGGAAAAUGCUA